UAGCAUCCCCCCCUACCAGCAAUCUUAAUGCUUAAGUGGACUAAACAACAACAACAAAAUCUUCAACUCUUUCAAAAUCAUUCGCAACCAUCCUCCAAUACUCAAAACUCUCUUAAUUCUACAAAUUUUCCAAAUCUCUCAACUUACAAAACUUCUACAGACGUCUCCAGUAAAUCUCGCAAAAAAUCACGUUACACUACCAGUUCGGCGCAUCCUUCCCAACCUCAAAAAAUGCCCACUAUGACCCAUACCUUGGAAAGACGUAUACACCGCCGUUCUUUAGACAAUCUUUUAGAUUCUCCCUUGGAAGAACGUCGUAGGUCACGACAUUCUUUGACGGGUAAUCAUAAUAAAGAGAAUUUUGGCGUACACUUUAUGCGCAACUCUUUUGGCAAUACUAGUCUAACGGCUCUGCAUGAUCUCAGUAAUGGCAAGAGUCCUAGAAGGUCCCAGGAACAAGCUACAACCACGCCUCCUGCUCCUCCUCUAACCUUAAACAUUAAAAGGUUUAAUACAGCCGCGGUAACUGCUAUGGAUAUAACACCCACGAGAAAUAACAAUGCUGGAGGAGAGGUGAGAUCUAGAUUUUCCGAUGAUUUUGCUCAGGAAGAUGAUGUAACGCCUUUGUCGAGAUUGAAAUUUAGAAACAAAUUGAAAGAGGAUUCCUUGUCAUCCUCCAGAAUGGGAGAUGUUACUUUGGAUAGAAUGUUGGAUGCCAUUAUAGAAAGUGCCCGCAAAGAGGUGAAACCCAAGUGUCUACAUAAGCGCAUGGAAGAGACUAAUCAACAAGAGAAUCCGGCUAAUGAAGAGAGUAUACAUGAAAUGGAAGUAAGAACGCCACAGCAUUUGAAAAGGCAGAGAGUAGUGAGAAGAAAAAAUCCCAAGAAUACAGUAAAAAAGAACAAAAAAGAAAAGGCCAAAGAAGAUAGCAAAAUCUUAAACAAAACUCUAGAGGAAUUGGAAGUAAAGAAAGACAAACGAGAAAACGAAAUGAUAGGCUUAACUUUACCCAAUGGUAUACCCAGUCCAGAAACCCCUUUAUUUAAAAACUCUCAAACACAAAAAGCUUUAUUAAAUAUGGAAACACCACCGCAACACUUGACCUUUGAGGUGGAAAAUGAUAUACAAAGAUGCAGUACUCCAACUCUAGAAGAAGUGCCCUCCAUAAAGAGAUGUUUAAGUUUCUCCUGUAACAGUGAGGAAGAGGAUGAGUACCAACAUAUGCACAAAAGAAGCUCAGUGGCCUCUAGCAUAGCCAGUUCGACACAAGAGCAAUUAAGUGGUAGUUCUUCUUCAUUGACAGCCAACAACGUCAAAGGUUCACUAGAUGUGGCCAUAUAUAAAGAACAGGAAUCCUUAAAUGUACAUGUCAUUCGUUGCCGUGAUCUACAGCGCAGCAAUGGUUCUUCCAAUCUCAAUGCUUAUGUCAAGGUGGCUUUAAUACAAAAGAAUCAAACUGAACAUCAGGGUUUUCAACGCACCGCUGUACAUCGUCAUUCUAGUCGUCCUUAUUUCGAUCAUUGUUUCAAAUUUGAUCUGUCCGAUUUGUCGCAAGCCUUAGAGGAUUUAGAUGAUAGCGAUCGUUUACAAAUGGCCGUUUGGCAUCGUGAUAGACAACAUAAGUGAGUAUGAUCGUAGCUAUUCUUUGCAAAACAACAAAUUUACACACUCUCUAAGGGCCAGCAAACCAAAAAUAUUAAACGACC